AGUUUCAGAGGGGUACACGGGUGGAAGUGUGGAUAGUACUUCGUCACCCACAACUGGGUGUUAUCUGUCGCGAUGCUUGGUGGUUUCAGAGGGGUACACGGGUGGAUUGGUGGAAGUGUGGAUAGUACUUCGUCACCCACAACUGGGUGUUAUCUGUCGCGAUGUCUGUGAGUUUCAGAGGGGUACACGGGUGGAAGUGUGGAUAGUACUUCGUCACCCACAACUGGGUGUUAUCUGUCGCGAUGUCCGUGAGUUUCAGAGGGGUACACGGGUGGAAGUGUGGAUAGUGCGUACUAUUCUUCUUCAUAUUGUCAUAGUAUUGUCGUUGGCGUUUGAUACUUUUACUCUCAACUUAUAUUUGUCUGCCAUGACGUCAUCACUGUCAUAUUUGCAGGCACGUGUUGUACCAGUAGCCCCGCCCUGAUGACGUCACUAUGACUCGUCUGAAGGCUGCGUUUCUGGUGCUGCUUGGUUUCUUCUGCGCUGUUGGCCUGCUCCUCAUCGGGGACACAAGACGAACCAAAGGUCGACACGUGAACAAGCUGAGACUCAAGAGUCGGCCUGGUUCAACCUUCAUUCGUGAAACAGAGAAGCUAGACGACAUGCAGCUUGUGGCGAACAGUAACAUGCAGGACGAGGUGAAACAGCUAGCUGACCUUUUUUCGGGAAAAAAUAGCAACGCUGAAGCAGAAAAUGAUUUGGUCCGAGCUGCCUCCCUCUCCACGGUGUACAGGCAAGGAAAAGAAAGCAUGUAAGUCAUUCAACACUUAUACGAUCAUAUACACGUUAUUAGGAAAGUCUCCAUC